GCUAAAGGGGGGGGGGAGCAAGCACCGGAGACGAGAUCUUGCAGAAAAUGACCUUAUAAAGUUUAAUGUAAAAGGGAUUGAUAAUAAGGGGUGAUGAGGCAUCUGAAGCCGAUAUCAUGAUAAUAGGAGAAACUACACAGAAAACAAUAUAAUUCCCUUUUCAUUCUUUUUUUUUUUUUUCUUCAUAUAUACUCAUCAUGACUGGACAGCAACAUUAUCGUAGUAACAGCUAUGACAGUGGUGGAUACCGAACCCACAUCUCUUUUAAAGAUACGAAACAGAUCAAGGAUAGAAAUGCUAUUCUAUUCUUACAGCGUCAGCAACAACAUGAUGAACGAACAUUGGUGGAUAAUGACACUGAAGAAGAGGACGAUAAACUAUUUUAUUCUUCCUUCUUAUUAUACCUUGAUGAUAUCUAUUCCAAAUACUCACCCGCUGUCGUUCUGGAAAAUAAAGGAAAUACCGCAAGAGAUCACUUGGCGAAUGAACGGACAUAUCUUGCAUGGUUCAGAACAUCACUUUCAUUAAUCACGCUCGGUAUAGGCAUUAUUCAAGUAUAUCAUGUAUCUACAGCACAUCAUAAACGCAUUGGUCGAGCUUUAGGUCUCAUAUUUGUGUUCUCUAGUAUCUUAUUCUUAUACUUUGGCAAUGUUCGAUACUUCCAUGCCCAAUGGGCUUUACAGCAUGGGAACUUUCCCGCAAGUCGAGGCGUCAUUACAUGGGCUUCCUUUUGCAUCUUGUUUUUAUUUGUCGGCAUGUUUACUGUCAUGUUGUUAGAGACGGGUCUUGGUAAAUAAUAAUGGAGCGCCUGUUUAAAAAUAAAAUCUCUCUCUCUUUUCUAU